CGUAGAAAGUACAGACAUUUCCAAACGAAAGAUAAGAAUUUUCUCACAUUUUUUCGUUAAAUUGUAAAAAUUUUUAAUUUAUUUCUUAAUUUAUUUAAUUCUAACGUAAUAUUUGCGAUAUUGAUGCGAUUGUGAGUGUGAAAAUGGUAUCAGUUCAAAACGGAGACGGUAAAGCGCUGGUGGAAUCGUAUGCUGAAAAUGAGAACGAAAACGACGUCGAAACGCUAGUAUUUAAGUGUAUAGCCGAAAAUAAGUACGAAGAGUUGAAAAGCUUAUACGCUCAGCAUAAAAUUAAAGCCGAUAUUUACGACAGCGAUGGAAUGACACCUUUACAACACGCCUGCUACAAAGGGAACAAAGAAAUCGUCGAGUUGUUACUUGAACAUGGAGCCGAUGUGAAUAACACUCAUCACCUACAUCAGUAUACGGCGUUACAUUUCGCUGCUCUAGUAGGUAAUCCAGACUUGUGCUUGGCGUUGAUGACGGCUGGCGCUAAAUCUCACUUAACCAAUACAGUAGGACGUACUGCUGCACAAAUGGCAGCUUUUGUCGGUAAUCAUAAUUGCGUCGUAGUAAUAAACAAUUACGUACCUAAAUCGGAUAUAGAAUAUUAUACCAGCGUUAAAGGAGUAGAUAGUAAACCAAAACUAAGUCCAAGUUUGUGCACACCUUUAUACGAUUAUAUAAUGCAGGUUAAUAUUCAUCCUGUAAGACUGGCUGUCAAGAUGCCAAAAGUACUAUUGAAAGAAUACUCGCAAGUUAAGAAAGUGUUGGAAUUACUCAGCGAACGAGAGAUAAAAAAAGGUUCCGAAUCGAACGAAGUACUUUCUUUUAAAUUUCAUUAUCUGGGUUUUAUUCUGAGUGAAAUACAGAAAAGCAUAUCUUCAGAAAAACAAACCGAUCCGGUAGAAAUUUUCGCUAAAAAAAUAUUAAAAAGUCCGCGAGGCGAAGAAUAUUUGGAUCUGUUACUAAGAGACUGCGUUCGGGAAUUUCCUUACAGAGAAUGCACCUUAUUCCAGCAGAUGGUCAAAAGUCUAGCUCGCAAACAAGACUCGCCUCCUGCGUUGAAUGUAAUAUUGAGUGUAAUAAAUGGUCAAAUAAGAUUCACGAGCGACGAUACGCCUUGUGUAACAUGCGCCGAACCUCGAGCGUAUAAGAAAUGUUCCAAGUGCAAAGCUGUUCAAUACUGUGACCGUGAAUGUCAGCGUUUGCAUUGGUUCAUUCAUAAAAAAGAAUGCGCUCGAUCGCCUACCUCAACUUCGCCUUCUGCGAAACCCGAUGAAAAACCUAAUAAAAAAAUCGAUACGCAGCAUUUAACCGAAGAGUUGCAGAAUUUAGGGGUAAACUAAUCUCCAUCUUCAUUGUGAUAAAUACUUCCAGCCUUUGUAUUAGUUUCGAACUGAUGAAAAAAGUGUUGUAACAUUAGUUCAUUUUUCUCAUCUUGAUAUACUCAGUUCUGAUUUUAUAUUACGGAUCAUUGAUUAGGUGUCUAUGCAUUUUGAAUCAUCUUACAUGUGAAAAAAACCCGGUGACUUUGUUUCCAUCCCCCCGCCCCCUCUCAAAAAAACGUAACUUCGCUUUGUGUGAAUUUUUCUCCAGAUUUAUCAACAUUACGUAAUUUAAGAUGCUUUGUUUUAUAGAAUUUUUAGCUGUUUUUAUUUUUUAUAAUUUGCUCCGUACGUACGAACGAAGUUGUGAAACCGACGAUAAUUUUUCAACGGGUUUUGUGGUUUCCAGAUUUUUUUAAUUGAAAAGUUUUUCUCACGUGAGAUUCUUUAUAAGUGGCAAUAAUACGUGACUAGUCUAAAACUGUUUUUUUUUUCUAAUACCAACAGUUUAGUGAUGUUUGAAUGUUAGAAACGACCAGAUUUUCAUGCGAGUUUUAAAUUUUAGCUUAGUAUGUGUAUAAAAAAAAUGAAUUAACGAAUAAAUACAUUGCAUCAUUUUGUAACGUUUUUAUUAAAUAUUUCAAAAUGAA